AUGAACAAAAUGGUGUCCAUGCCUACGGCAUACUUGGAUCCAGCCUCUCCGUCCUCUCUCUGUGCGACCGUCGCAUCCGUUCGCCAGGCGAACAAAGGACUCUGCUUCCUGAAGCUAACUGACGUGGAUGAUGCUGCCUCAGAGGUCUCAGUCGUGCAGCUCACUGUGUGGAAUCUGCCAGCGUUGACUCGCCUGAAAGUCGCUGAUAGAAUCAAAGCGACGUCAAUAGAGCCGGACCCAUACGCACCCGUUUCAGAGAGGUCUGUGCAAGCAUAUCUUCUUCGUGAUGGAUCGCUGCUUGAGAUACUAGGAUCAUGCGUUGACUCUGUGCGAUCGGUGGCGACCUACGCAGGUGUAGAAAGGUUUCACUUCACGCCAGACAAUGUGCGAUGGGGUUCCUCUUUACGGCGAAUGCGCGUGGGCGCAGUCAAUGUCCUAAGCUGGUCAGGCGACUCAGAGGAUGCACUUCCUAUUCCUCCUUAUGCUCGCAGCAACUUCCCCAGUGACAAUCCAAAGAUCUUGUCGCCUAUUCUACUGCCGACGACUGACACGUCUGCUGUUGCAAUUACCAGACAUCAGGAGGCUCUCCGUGUCGUUGGAUGGCGAGUUUGCUGCCCCAGUGAUCCUGAGUUGGUAGAAAUUCUUAGAGACAAGGCGCAACUAGUCAAGCAUGCUGAGGCUUUCGGCUUGCGUGAGAGGCAUUUUCCUUGGUCUGUCAAUGACGCUGAGAUUGUCGCACUUCAAGAACCUCCUUACAAGCGCUUGCCUGCAGUCUGGAAGCCGCGCUACGGACAGUUUGGUCGUGGGGUGCGCCUCAUUGAAACAGAAGGUGAGUUAGAUCAACUUAUCGCUCACUGCAAGGAGAAACAUGGUGAUGCAACCACGUGUCGAGAGGUAGGAGGCUUCCCGAUGCUUGGUGUAUUGCAAGAGUAUGUUGGAGGCGCGCGAGAAUGCUCAGCGUCUCUGCUCGUGUGGAAAGGCAAGAUUGUUGAUUCUGUGGUAUGCGAGUACUACUACCACGGAGUAGCUAGUUCAUCUGUCUGCUCUGGCACCAGUAAAAAGACUCUGUCACCUCAUUGUGUAGCCGCACUUCCCGAUUCAAUGUCCUCUUCUAGUGUUAGUGCGUCCGAAACGAGGAAUCGAGAUGAUGGCAACAUCGAGGAGGAAGCCAGUAAGAGGGACCUGGAAGCCGAAGCAAGCAUGACAAAUCAAUGUGGUGGAUACGAACACGCCUCAUCUGAGGUGCCACACAUCUGGCCACAGAAGGCUGUCGAGGAUCGGACAAAACGGCGUUUUCUAGAACUCCCACGCAAGCAUGCGCAGGUUUUCGAGCAGCUUCUAACUCCUGCUUUUUCUGGCGUUUGCAACUUCAACUACAAAGUCGUGAUUAAGCAGGACGAGGCGGAGGAGGAGAAACAGCCUGUCGUCGAAGGAGAAGACGAGAACAGCAGCAUGAUUGAAGCUCUGCGUAUUUUUGAAUGCAAUCCACGACCGGGCGGAGAUCUCAUUCAAGACGCCCCACGAGAAAUCGGUGCGAGAUUUCUCGAGAAGCUAGACUCGCUGCUGCGCGAAGACAAUAGUGCGUCGACUGCUUCUGUGACAACUGCUCUGUCGCGCUCAAAUAGCACAGCCUCGUCCUCUUCCGAUCCAAGUAAUGCGACAAAACUGUCGAAUCCGUCGCUCGUUUCGGUUGUUAUGCCGUGUUACAAUGCCGCUGAAGAUUUAGAUGCCUGUAUCGAAUCCAUUGUCAAGCAGACAUAUCCGAAUUUGGAGCUCGUGUGUCACGACGAUUGCAGCAGCCGAGAUAACACACGAGAACUACUGCUAGAUUGGCUGGAAGCGUGUCAAAAGGUUCUCUCAGACCAACGUAGAGACAAGGAGGCUCAGAACGGUGCAAGCGACAACAGCAGUGGCAGUGCAGUAGAGCGUGCCAACGAGUGGAUCGGCCUAGGAGAGCAAGAUCGCAAGUUUCGGCGGCGGGAUGUACUGCGUCAGCGGCGACUAGUGCAAGGUAGGGCAAACUGUUUCUCAAUCGUCCUUUCGUUCGGUGCAGUGAAUCGUGGAGAGGGCUUUGCUAGGAACGAAGCCGUUCGCCAUGCCAAGGGCGACUACCUCUGCACGAUGGAUGCUGACGAUUUGAUGCACCCAGACCGCAUUAUCUCGCAGUACAAGCUGUGCCUUGUGCAUCCGGACGCUCUUAUCGGCGGAAACUUCGAACGCGUACCUGAGGGAUCCACGCACCGCUACACGACGUGGGCAAACGGACUUAGCGCAGAGGGUGUCUACUUAGACCAGUAUCGGGAAGUGACGAUGAUUCACCCGACUUGGUUCAUGCGACGUGAGGUGUUCGAACGUGCAGGUGGCUACCACGAACGGGAAUUGCAAGGUGCGAACCGGUGGUCGGAUCAGGUAAACAUUGCGCGCGGAGCUGCGUCUUGCCUGGCAGCAGGACUAACGGAAGCUAUGACGGAUUUUCCGAUAACGUCCUCUGAGGCAGCGCUGCUGGAGAAGACGUCGCAAGAAAGGGACGACGCCCAGAACAAGUGGCGCUCUCCUCUCGCAGCAGAUUUGCGAUUUUUUCACUGUCAUUUGGAUGCUGGUGGUUCCUUGCGGAAAGUCGAUGACGUUGUGCUGACCUAUCGACAUCGUCCCGGAGCUAGCUUAUGCGCAGAAACGAGUAGGCGAAUCUUGUUUGAGGUUCGAUGUCGAGCACUGGAACGGCGAGUUCUCUUGCAACGUGUAGUACGGGCAGCAGGCGAUGGCGAAGAGCAGCAGGGCCACAUCAUCAAGAACCAUCAUCUCGGAGGACAGCUAGUACGUGACUGGAGGUCCGAAGGCUUUACGAUUUGGGGUUGCGGGAGAGACGGAAAGCUGUUUUUUCAGACGCUAUCCGAAGUGGUCAAGCGAAACUUCGUGAACGCCUUCUGUGACGUAGCUGAAAGACGGCUUUUGGAAACCACGGAAAUCACUGAAAAUGGGAAGCGACGGACCACGAGGCGAAAGAGGACGGUGAUGUCUGGGAAAAAUGGUGAUAGCAAAGGAGGUAGUUACUGCGCAUCGACGACCUCGACGAAGCCAUCUUCCCACAUGAGGACCACCGCAAAGCGUUUUUACGUUCAUUGCGACUACGGUGACCUGAAGAUCCCGAUAUUGGCACCGGAGGAAGCGAAGCCACUUUUUAUUAUAUGCGUUGCGAAAUGCCGCUACUACGCAGAGGUGAUGGAAGUGAUGCGAACACGAAUACCAGGUGGUGAGAAUCUCGUUGAGGGAAGGGAUUAUUGGUUUUUCUGCUGAUGGGAUUUUAAUUGCGUUUUGAACCCUAUGAUUAUUGAUCCGUCUGGAACCACAAACCGUAACCGUCGUGAUCAUGAUCACGACUGACUCUACUACACGGUGCCGAUGAGCGCAUACGUGGCAUCGGUUUGCAGCGUGAAUCUCAU